GCGGUCGAGUCCACCCCGUCUUAAGCGCUCGGCAUGGUUUAGUCCAGACCACAACAUCAUGGCGAUAGAUGGUGGAGAGCGAAACUGUGGAGUACAUGAGCUUAUCUGCAUCAGAAAAGUGUCUCCUGAGGCUCUGGGAUUUUUGUCUGGCAUUGGAGUCUUCAUCUUUCUUGUGAUUGUACUCUUUCUUUACCUCAAUAACAAAUUGUCCCUUGAGAGUGCCAACCAACUGCCCGGUCUUGACCAGUACAGAAAAAGCACAGAGCCAGCAGAAAAGAAUUAUGUUAACACAGACUAUCACUGCUCGUCAUCAGACAGUGAUGAUGAGGUGAUCGGACAGUACCAGGAGGCAGUGUCUCGGUCACAGGGUCUCCGCGGUGGCUCAGCAGGGACUAACUUACGCCACCAGAAGGGCUAUGGCUGGGACACGCAACACAAAUACUGCCCCCUGGCCGCUGAGUAUGACGGCUACAGUAGUGAGGCAUCAGCAGAUGAUGCAAACUGUAUCCAGCGGAUGAGACGGACGCCGCCAUUGGAUGAGCUGCAGCCUCCACCCUAUCAGGAUGAGGAUGGGUCACCACGUAUGUCCUGCACGCCCUCUGAACUGGGUGAUGCCAAAUGUGACCUUUCCCAUGGAAGCGAGAGCCCCAGACACAGCUAUGGAAAAUGUCCGAGUGACCUCAGUGGAGCACCGGAAACAGAAAGUUUCCUCAAUAAAGGCUAUGAAGAAGAUGUACCCAGCGAUAGCACUGCAGUACUCAGCCCAGAGAAUCUCUCUGCACGUGGUUCAGCGGCUCAGCUUCCUAAAGGUUAUGACCCCGAGGCCCUCGCACUACGCGGAACCCUUGAUGUCAUCUUUGACUACGAUUCGUCCGACCAGCGUCUGUCAGUCACGAUAACAGCUCUGACGGACAUUCCCCCUCAUAAACGCACGGGUAACAUUUCCUGGCAAGUACAUCUGGUGCUUCUGCCCACCAAGAAACAAAGGGCCAAAACCAUCAUCCAGCGUGGCCCCUGCCCCACCUUUACAGAAACCUUACACUUCGGCCAUAUCGAGCCGGAGAUGAUCGGGAACUAUGCCAUCCGGUUCCGUUUGUACAGCGUGCGCAGGAUGAAGAAAGAAAAGGCUCUUGGAGAAAAGGUGUUCUACCUCACCAAACUUAACUUGCAGGGCAAAAUGUCUGUUCCCAUUAUACUGGACCCCUGCUGCAACAUACCUGGCAGUGACUCACAAGCAAGCGUGUCAGACGUGUCAUGCAGUGAGACGGCGUCAUCAUUCCCGUCUGCAGCUCUGGGGUCAGCUCCGGAGAUCCUGCUUGGUCUUGUGUACAACGCCACUACGGGACGGCUCUCUGUGGAGAUCAUCAAGGGAAGCCACUUUAAAAACCUGUCAGCAAAUAAACCUCAUAAUGGUUUGUUCUGUUGUCUAAAGCACUUGAUAGGUGGGCAGGUGUACAUAAUUCGAGACACGUAUGUGAAGCUCACUCUGCUGAACUCGAUGGGUCAAGAGAUGUCCAAAUGUAAGACGUCCAUUUGCCGCGGCCAACCCAACCCAACCUACAAAGAGACGUUUGUGUUUCAGGUAGCCCUGUUCCAGUUGUCUGACGUCACACUCAUCCUGUCUGUCUACAACAAACGCAGCAUGAAACGGAAAGAGAUGAUUGGCUGGAUCUCUUUAGGGCUGAACAGCUCUGGGGAGGAAGAGCUUACGCACUGGACUCAGAUGAAGGAAUCGAAGGGACAGCAGGUGUGUCGAUGGCACAGUCUUUUGGAGUCUUAGAACAUUAAUAGGAAACAGGGAUAAUGUGUUUAAUAUGAGAAAUGGGAUGGAGAAGGAUAACAUGUCAGGCUCUCGAACGGCCCCGAAAUGACAGGGCUGGCCCCCACUGCAGUGCAUUAUGGGAAACCUGAAAUUUCUCCCUCCCAGUGCACUCUGGGAAAUGGGUUUUGGGAUGUGGCAUAAACAGGUUAGAAAAUUCCAUGAGGAAAACAAUAAUAAGAAAGAUUUUUAUAUUUAUUUAAAUAUGUAUUUAUACAUGUUUUGACUUUGUGUUUCUAUUAGGGUUUGGCCAAAGAUGGGGUUUAUUGUUUGCAAUUGAUGAUGGUAUUUUCAGAGUGAAAGAGAAAGAGAGGGAAUAUAUAUGUGGAUCAGUGAGCAGGCCAGAAGUCCAGAGGUACAUGAUCUAUAGAGACAAGAUCAGAAAAAGUAAAAAUGUCUUAGCUCAGAUUUUAUGGAGAGUUUGACUACAUCUAUAUAGCUUUAAUGUCUGGCCUCAACAUUUGAUCAGAUUAUAUGAAAUUUGUGAUUUCAUUCAGUCAUUAUCGGAUUGAAAUGCAUGUGGGGAAAUCAGCUAGUGAGGAUAGACUUUUUAACUAUAUCUCAUAGUAGAAACCCCUUAUAAAAUACAAUACAUAAUAUAAAAAUAGAAGGCCAUUCAUAAACAUUUGAAGACUUUAUACAGUUAUGACUUAAAAAAGUAAGUUACCUGGUUGCCCUAAAAUUAGAGAUGGGUAUAAACAGAGGUUUAAUGUAAUGUGCGUUGUGCAGUUAUGCGAACGUUUUAUUGUGAUCCUUGUUGCUCAUAAGUAAAUCCUUGUGGGCGGUUUCCAGGACAGGGAUUAGACUAGUCCUAGACUAAAAUAAAUGAAAGAGCUGUCCAAACUGUUGCACUGUUUUAAGUAAGGCAUGUUUGUCAAAACUAGUUAUAUUUCCUAAUUAAACUAAGGCGUAGUCCUGGCUUAAGCUAAUUCCUGUCCUGAAAACCACCCCUUGGUGUCUUAAGUCUGACAACAUCACACAGGUGUGGUUUCAGCACUGUUCCAUUUUACAGAAACUAUAUUUUUACCCCAACCCUAACCCCAAACCACAGCGACGUUUUAAAGUUAGAGGGCUUGACAUAAACAAACAGACUUGAAACACCAAAGAUUUAGUUUUGCCUGCUAGGCAAGCCCCUCACAUUUGUGAAAUCCAGCCUACUUGCGGCGUAAGCUUCCUCACACUUGCAGGUCUUGUGGUUCGUUCACACCCGCUGCAUUAGAGGCGGCAAAAACGCGCUAAUCGCGCGUAGUUGGACGCUUGAACAUUUUGAGUUUACUCGCUUCAUUUGCGCGUUAAAGCCCCACGUGAAAUUCUAGUCAUGUGAGACAUUCACUUGGAAAUUCGCGUCAUGGGAGGGGAGGGGCUUUUGCGACUCCGCUGAGACUUCGCUUGCUUUCUGUAAUCACGUCACUACUACAGCAAGGUCAGGAUUGGUUAACACGGCGCGGAAAUCUGCCGAAGUUCUGAUUUUUCAACUCACGCAUUUCCCGCGCCAAUGCUCAAUUUGCGCAGAACGCGCCAUCUGCGCCGUGCCAUCCGCGCCGCGCCUUCCACGCGUUUUGUGCCAUUCAUGCCGCGCAUACCGCGCCGCAGGAUGCCUAAUCGUGUCUUUGCAUUGACUUAACAUGUAAAUCGCCCACACUUGCCGCCUCUACUGCAUCUGUUGUGAAUGCCCAGGUAGUGCAGCACGGAUGGCGCAAUCCGCACGAAUUAAGUGUUGGCGCAGGACGCGACCAGAGUCUCAUCCUAGUCACAGAAGCCCCUCCCAUGACGUGGAUUUCAGUGUGAAUGUCUCGAAUGACUAGAAUUUCACGCACAAAUGAAGCGAGUAACCUCAAAAUGUUCAAGCGUCCAACUACGUGCAAUUAGCGCAUUUUUGCCGCCUCUACCGUGGCUUGUGUGAAAGCACCAUUAGUGUAAGCUUCUCCCAGCUGCAAGUCUGCAGCCUGCAGCAAUAUGAAGAGUUUGGUUUCAAAUUGAGAGAACUCUGCUUUUUUUAAUAAAAUCCUGUUUUUUGAUUGUGCAUUCAAAUUAAUAUCAAUCAUACUGCAGUUGGUUUGUUUUGAUUUAAGCCUUCAUAACUAAAAAAUACAGCUAAGUAGCACAAUAAAACACCAGAAAAACCAGAUAACAAUAAUAAAUGUGUUUUGACAAAAAUUUUGAAAAUCUCGUUUUGGAACCAAACUCUUUAUAUGAAUUUAAAAUGUUUAGUCAACCAGGAAACUUACUUUUAAUUAUUAAGUUGAAUCAACAAUUCUUUUUCCAGUAAACAUAUUUUACUUUUUUAAAAAUAUUUUAUUUAAAAAAGACUUAAUAAUAAAACAAUAAUAUAAUGCAUAUAUGUAUAAAAAUAUAAAAGACAUUACAGGAGGUACUGUAAGUAACUUUAGAGUCAUGUGACUGUUCUGAAUGUUAAGACCUUUAUAAACUCUUUAUUAACAUUUCUCAUAAUGACGGUGGCAUUGUCACUAGUUCAUAAUGUGUGUAUAAGGCAAUCUUACACAUCAGCUGACUGUUCCUAGAUUUAUAUUAUCACAUUUUGUGAUCUCACGAUCUUGAAUGUUCAAGUUUAAAUGAGACCCAACACUUAACACUGGAGAUGCAGAACUAAAGUUUUCUAGGCUGAAUGUCAGGAGGAGGGCCAGCGGUGUAGAUGUAGAUUUUGACAAAUUCGGAUGUUUCAAUUAAGGGAUGGCUACUCAGUGCUUUGCUCCGUCUUUAAAGUGUCUUGAUCUCUGUGCGGUCAACCUGUGAAAUCUGUCUGAUAGUUUCUUUGCUUUCUUGAGAAACUCAGUGAUUGUUACGUACUGUAAAUGGCACAUAGAUUUUGCGGAUCUAUUUUUGUAUCUAUAUAUGAGAAAUGGACUCAAAAACACUUUCUUGUUAAAUGUAUGAAGCUCUGUGAGCAAUAUGGAGUUGUAGACUUUGUUCUACUUUUCACCGUUCUGUCGAUAUUUCUUUUUCUUUUGUUAAAAAAAAUGUUUUUGUGAAUGUGUCACUCACUCAGUGUGCUGUUUCAAAGUAGGACAAGAUUAAUGUUGUAAAGCCUCCAUCUUCACUUUCCUGUUACAGUCAUGCAGCUAAAAAAGACUUAUGUUAGACGUAUGAAUAUGAGUGAGUGUAAGAUGGUGUUUUGUUAUCUGUAUUCUUGGCUCUGCAGAUGUCUUCAUGUCCGUUGAUAAUAUAUAGUCUUCUGUUUACAUCCUUACCUAAAAAACAAAAAUGAAACAAGUCAAGAAUUAGCAGGUAGCUCAAUGCAAGAACAAAAAAUGAUUGCAACAAAAUGAAGCACAUUUUAAGGCACAUAAUGGAGUUAUGAAACACAUCUUGUGAACGAGUCUCAGGCUUUGAUUGUCCUCAGAAAUCUGCACAAUAUCUCUCUUACAACACAACACACACACACACACAUCUGUCAAAACUCCUAGUUGGGCUAAUCCUCUUUGGUUGGAAGAUGUUCUCAUAAUAGUCCAGAAAUCUUAUUUUUUUCAACCUGUCAGCAUUCAAUGAUAAAACAGCUGUCAUAAUAACGAUGACAUUAUACAGCACAACAUUGAAAAUGUUAAAUGCAUUAUGACUAGAACAGCUGUGUAACAAAGUGACAUCGAUGGGCUGUUAUGUCUCACUUCUGACAGUUUUAUGAGGGGCUUGGUGUGCUGUUGACUCAUACAGAUAUGAAUUCCAAAUUAGUUUCCCACUAUAAAUAAGAAUCUGACUCUAGCUAACUCAGUUGAAUAGGUUGGUUAAAUAAUCCUGCUAGUCUAUAAUCUCCAAUACUUCUGACCAUCCAUCAGUAUAGGUUUUUAUUUUUUGACAGUGCAGUAUGAAUGACCACAAACUUUUGGUUGGGUUAUUCAGCCAAACAUCUUUUUUUCGGGUUUCAUAGGUCAAAGAAAUAAUACAGAGUUACAAUGACAUUAAGCUGAGAAACCGACGGCAAAAUUUUAUAUUUUAACUCAACAAUUCUUACCCACUUACAAUGGUAUGUUUAAAGUUUGUAAAUUAUCACUAUAGGACCAGCGCUGAAAAUAUAUCCUCACAGAUCUUCUCACAUAACAGACAACAAACCAGUGAUGUUCUGAACUCAGUGACAGAGAUUCUGUUCAGUUUACAGAACCAAUAAACACCAGCAUAAAAAUCUUGUAGGAUUCAUUGCACAAGAAGCUUAACAGUGCUCUCUCUGUGUCCCAUCAUGAUUCAGGUCUACCAUGCCAUUGAACCUUCACAAGGUGUGUUCCAACUAAAACCAGUUUUAAACAUUUUGUACAUGUUCUGAACAUUGUUUAUAUUUCCAGUUAUUUUUAAUUAUGGUCUUUAAUUUGAUUCUAAAAAUGCUUUAAAUGAAUUGCCUAUACCCACCGAUUCAGUCGGUGCCUUACUUUUUUCUGGUGAGCAUUUUUAAGACAUUUUUCGCAAAGUUCCUACAAUGAUGUUGUGUCACCUUCUGUAUUCAUACUUCUGUACAACCGCUGUAAUUUUAUUUGUAAAAAGAUGCAUUUGUAUGUGAUUCAUGUUUUGAAAAAGAAACACUUCUGCUAUUC